CUUUUCUUAUUUGAACUUCAAAUCUGCUCGAGUUCGCAUCUCGAAUCGUGGAGCGAUAUUGAAACGCGCACGUUUUCCCAGCGUUUCAUCUGUCGCGCUCAUCUCGGUGUGUGUUCGUGUUCUGAAAGAGUGUAUUGCAUACAAGUGGCUGCUGACGCAAGUGUUGAUCGCGAAUAGAGUUUGUGCCGCGAUAGUUGCAACCAAGAUGAAGAUGCAACUUCGCUUGUUGUGCAUUGUUCUGUGCGCUGUCGCAGGCCAGAGCCUGUUGGAUGAUACUCGUCGACAGGAUAAUUUUUUGGGCUUGCUCGACCGCCUAUCCCCACCGCUGAAGGGCUACGCGUAUCCAACCCCUGCUCCCACGGGUUAUACCUACCCAACCCCUACUUUUACGGGUUAUACCUACCCAACACCUAGAACCACACCUAAACCAACACCUAAAAUAAUACGUCCUCCAACUCCCACUCCAACGUACUUACCUCCAACUCCAAGUUCAACUGGAUAUGUCUAUAACACUCCAAAAAUUCCAUUCGUAUUGCCACCUAAAACUACACCUACACCAACAACAAAAAGACCUACACCUAAAAUAAUACGUCCUCCAACUCCCGUUCCAACGUACUUACCUCCAACUCCAAGUUCAACUGGAUAUGUCUAUAACACUCCAAAAAUUCCAUUCGUAUUGCCACCUAAAACUACACCUACGCCAACAACAAAAAGACCUACACCUAAAAUAAUACGUCCUCCAACUCCCGUUCCAACGUACUUACCUCCAACUCCAAGUUCAACUGGAUAUGUCUAUAACACUCCGAUAAUUCCAUUCGUAUUGCCACCGAAAACUACACCUACACCAACAACAAAAAGACCUACACCUAAAAUAAUACGUCCUCCAACUCCCGUUCCAACGUAUUUACCUCCAACUCCAAGGUCAACUGGAUAUGUCUAUAACACUCCAAAAAUUCCAUUCGUAUUGCCACCUAAAACUACACCUAAACCAACAACAAAAACAACACCUAGAAUAAUACGUCCUCCAACUCCACCUCCAUCCUACUUACCUCCAACUCCAAGUUCAACUGGAUAUGUCUAUAACACUCCAAUAAUUCCAUUCGUAUUACCACCUAAAACUACACCUAAACCAACAACAACAAAAACAACACCUAGAAUAAUACGUCCUCCAACUCCACCUCCAUCCUACUUACCUCCACCUACUGACGGUAAAAUUGGAUAUGUCUAUCCCGUUCCAAAAAUUCCAUUCCCAUUGCCACAGUCGUAUCCCAAAGUAGAGUCUAAGACAAGUGGUUACGUAUAUACCCCACCGACCCCUAAUACCCGCAUUGCGUCAACGUAUCUUCCACCCCGCCCAAUCACAACUCCGACGACCACCCGAACGACCCAAAACGUAGGCUAUGUCUACCCAACGCCCAGAAUUCCCUUUCUUUUCUAGGCUCCUCAGAUGCCUAUCCCAUUACUAAUUAAUUGACACGAUUGCCUCUGCGUGCCGAUAGGAACAUACGAUAUUAAAUAAUUGUAAUUAACUGUAAUAAAUUAAUUUAAUAUAUACACUUGAAAGUGUUGUACCUGAGUCUGCACUCGCCGUCUCUGCAUUCGAAUUUUAGUCAUUAAAGUAUGUUUGUAAAAAUCAGCCGAAAUAAAUCGAACUAUGUCAACGAAAA